AUGCAUCUAUUACACAGAGUAUUAACCAGUGCGACAAUACCUCCGCUCCCUCUGCUUCCACGAAAUGCCGAUGUAUCCGAAAACGUCGAUAAUCACAGCAUAGGCGGUGUUAUCAUCGCAUCAGUCGUGCCGGCAACCGCCAUCUCGACGAUUUUCGCAUUAUCGCGGCUGUUUGUAAGGGGAUGGAUACAGAAGCGAGUUCACUUCGAUGACGGAAUUCUCUUGGCUGCAGUGGUAUCUGGAUGGACAUCAACAGCUACAACACUCAAGGCCGUGGCGAUCGGCCACGGUAGACAUGUCGCAUCACUUACUGACCCGCAAAAAGAGGCGAUUAUGCACUGGACGAUUAUGGCCUUUUCUUUUGGCAUAUUUGCUCUAGUGUUACCAAAACUCGCCGUGGUCGCUUUAGUAAACCGAUUACUCCAGCCGAAAAGGGCGCACCGCAUAUUUCUUUGGGGGCUGGCAGUCUUCUGCGGUAUAGCGCUUCUAGGAAAUGUUGUUGGACUAUAUGCACAAUGUUCACCAUCACAAGAAGAGAUGUCAUUCAUGACGAAAGCAUGUUUGGGCCCAGAUAUGGCUGUUGAAUAUUCCAUCUCAACAAGUGCUAUAUCAGCUGCUACAAACGCUUACCUCGCGGUUUAUGUCGCUCUAUCAAUUCGUAAAUUGCAUUUUGCCAGGAGUAAGCGAAUUGGGUUGGCAAUAUCCUUGGUACUGGGUCUUGUAGCCCUUUCGACAGCGAUCUUUAAGUGCACAAGAUUGAAAUCACUUGGAAGUCCCGACUUCACCUACGACUCCGCAGAUCUUGUUAUCUGGACGAGCCUCGAAGCCGAUGUGGUUAUCAUGGCUGUUUGCAUACCUGCUGCGCAACCUCUCAUCGACUAUCUAUUCCCUCACCAAAGUGACGCCGCCAAUUCAAUACACACAUCCCCGACUUCCCCUACAUAUUUUACACCGCGGAAGAAGCUUUGGAGUAUCAGUCAUGAUCUAGAGUCCGCAGGAGAUUGCCACUCGGACCCUCAAAUGCCUGAGAUGAUUAUGGUCGAGCGCGAGUUUCAAAUCAACGUUACGAGGAGUUUACAAAGGUCUUGGACAGCUGGUACCAACCCAUCAGCAGUACAGGAAAGCGAGAAGUUCCGAAUAGUGAAGGGUGAGGGACCGGAUGGGGUGGUUACAACAACAGUAGUAGUGAUGUCUUCGGCUCCAGCUGACAUCACAAGAUUCCCGCAGGAGUAA